AUGUUGAAAUACGCCCACAGUUUCCUGGACGACAGAAGUUUCAGAGUAUUCGUUGACGGUUCUCUUUCAGAUCGGCGACUACUAGAAAACGGCAUACCACAAGGCUCAGUUAUUUCACCAACACUAUUCAAUAUUGCAAUCAGCUCGAUCUGUAAACACAUCCCGGAAAACAUUGAAAUAUUGCUGUAUGCCGAUGACUUGAUCCUCAUCGCUAUAGGGAGUUUUGCUCGAGCCGUUCGACUAAAAGCGCAAGCUGCGCUUAACAAUGUGCUGACCUGGGCUGAACAGCAUGGACUACAGUUCUCGAUCACAAAAUCCAAGCUACUCCACAUAUGCAACGGUGGUAGACACAAAAACGUGCCAAACCUUGAAACUGAGGAUGUUACCAUUGAAAAAGUUCCAAGCGCCCGAGUCCUUGUAGUACAAGUAGAUGCCAAACUGAAAUUCACGAAACACGCCGAGAUUCUAGUCAAAGAGUGCCAAAACCGAUUGAGUAUAAUAAAAGCAAUUAGUAGAAGGUACGCAGGCGGCAACCGUCAAACACUGUUCAGAAUCUGCGACAGUCUUCUUAUAGCCAAAAUCUUCCAUGGUUUUGGGCUUUACAGUCGAGGUGGAGAAAAAAUAAUAGAACGGCUUCAACCUGUUUAUCAUACCGCCAUCAGAUCCAUCUCAAGAGCACUUAGAACCAGCCCCAUCCUUUCGCUGCUUGCUGAAAGCGGACAGCUUCCGUUCAAACACCUCAUGACCGGUCGACUUGUCAACAAAGCGUGUAGUUGGCUGGAAAAACGACCUGUUGAAGAGGCAAUGAUCUGCCCGAUGGUUAGACGUGCAUCGGAAUGCUUGGAACAAUUGACAACUUCUCAAAUAGCUACUAUUAGUUCGCUUAAACGAGUCAGUGACCGAGCUUGGGACGCGGUUGAACCCAAAAUCGACUGGAGCCUCAAGAAUGAACUACGAGCUCAUGAAGCCCCAUCUAAGAUACAGGCCAUCUUCAGGGAGACACAAACGAGGCAAUAUUCGACAUCAGUUCAGUUUUUCACCGACGGCUUCCUGGACAAAGACAGUGUUGGACUGGGAGUGCACGGCGAAAAUAUUGACAUCUCCAUGCGUAUACCUGACUGCUGCACCAUAUUUUCGGCCGAGGCAUUGACAGUCACCGAAAAUGCCCCGACCUCAGGACAUUCUGUCAUCUUCAGCGAUUCUGCAAGCUGCAUACAGGCGAUCGACCAUGGAAAAACCCGGCAUCCGUGGAUACAAGCGGUGGAAGAUGCUUCCACUAAAAAGAACGUCACAUUCUGCUGGGUGCCCAGCCACUCGGGCAUAUCAGAGAACGAAAGAGCCGAUUUCCUAGCCGCCCAAGGACGAACGAAUGAGUGCACCGAUAUUCCAGUACCGGUGAAGGAUUUUGUUAAAUCAGUCCAUUCUAAACUCCGACAAGCUUAG